GUAAAAUUAUACGACCGACAUUUUGUAGAUACUCACUUCGGACAGAAGACAUUUUACAUCCUCUGUCUUGAGAGCAUCUUUACAGGCUACCUAUACUUCCCUGGAUUUUAUAACGUUACACCACACGGGCUGGGUCACGGUGAGCAACCAGUAAAGCUGUGUACGUUCAUGCAGAAAAAUUAUACAGAAAGACAAAGAAGAAGUAACCAACAAAAAACAAACUACACAGACAUAAUGGCAUCUAAUUAUGAAGGUGAUUCACAGGGUCUGAGGAUUGUGCUGCUGGGAGUCUCUGGUGCUGGAAAGAGUUCAGUAGGAAGCACAAUACUGGGUCGAGAUGUGUUUAAAGAGACUGGAACCACAGAGAGUGAGAUACAGAGAGGAACAGUAGAAGACCGAAACAUCUUUAUCAUUAAUACUCCCGGUUUCUUCAACACACACCUGACUGAUGAAGAGCUGCAGGAGCAGAUGAUGAAGAGUCUGGAUCUCUCUGAUCCCGGUCCUCAUGCAUUCCUGAUCAUCAUCAACCUGAAGACCUUUGAAGAGGACGAGAGGAACAUCUUUGAGAAAAUAGAGGAGAUCUUUGGAGUUCAAGCUUUGAAGUUCACCAUGGUGCUGUUCACUGGAAGAGAUCAAAUCACAAAGAAAGAAUGGCAGGAAAUUGAACUCUCUGAAAAAUUUCAGAGACUAGUCAGUAAAUUUAGAUUACAAUAUCAUGUGAUCAAUGAGAUAAAAAAAGAUCAUAUCAAAAAGCUUUUAAAGAAGAUUGAUGAAUUCAUCAAACAGAAUGAUGAGAAGCAUUUCGACUCAGUUUCCCAAAAAAGGAGCACAAAAAAAAAGAAGAAUAAACAAGAAAACCCUGGAAAAAAAGAGGAAGAGCAAACAAUGCAGGGGACUUUUGAAAUGAACAGGGCAACAGAAGAAGGAUUAACUGUGAUUGAACCAACUUCUGUAAAUGAAGAACCAGGUCUACAAGAGAUGAACUCAUUAGAUAGAUAUCUGAAUUUCUCAAAUGAAGGAAAGGGAGAAGAAAAAGAAGUCAAAGGACAGGAACACAGCUUGGAAAAGAGCCAGAAGAAACAAAAGACAACGGAAGGAAAACAUCCAGCUCAAGCAGGAGGAAGUCAGUAUGUGGUGGAUAGAAUCUUGUGUUCAAUAUUUGUUGUUCUUCUGCUGGUCUUCAUACUGCAGCAAAACUCCAUCACAGCAGAAAGAGACCAGUUAAAGAGUUGUAAGAACACAAUUCAAGAGUUCAAUCAGACGAUCAACAGCUUACAGGACAAAUAUUCUGAUUAAACCGAAAAAGACCAGUGGUAUCAGUUCUCCAAAAACCAAGUCUUGCAAGAUCUCAGGAUAAUGUUGAUUGGUAAAACCGGAGCUGGAAAGAGUGCAUCAGGAAACACAAUCCUAAAAGGAAAGAUGUUUAAAGAAAAACAUGAUUUUGAAUCUGUGCCAUAUACUAAUACAUGCCAAAAACAUCAGCAGAACGGGAUCACUGUGAUUGACACCCCAGGGAAGUUUGAUACAGACAUAAGUGAAGAUCAACUGAAGGAGGAGAUGGAGAAGUGUGUCAA